CGUGGGGCACAGCCGUGAUGGAAUUGCAGAGCUGGUUGCUCUAUCACUUAGUGGCCGUCACCGACUGCAAUCAAGGUAGCGAAGAUACGACGUUUAUCGUGUCUCGCAUACUACCAUGAAAUCCGCAAUAUUUGUGUUAUGCAUUUAACGUAAACGAUCCGUCGCCAUUUAACCCUUGGUUAUUUUAGUUACGUUUACCUGAGUUUGCCCAUUGGACCAUUAUUCAUACGCACAGUUCGCCGCUUCUUUAUUUAAUUUGCCAUCCCGCUAUCACGAUCCAGAGGAAACGGUGGUCUACCGAUGUUUGAUGUGAUGCAGUCGGCAAACACAAUCGGAGGUGGAGGGGGCGGAGGUGGAAGUGGCGGGUCGUAUCCCGCUGGUGGCGGGACCGGGAGUCGCACCCGCGAUUUAGGGCUGCGUGCCCAGAAGAAGCUUCUCGGCCGCAUCGUGUCCACCGGCGCGGGUCGUUCGCUUUUCAUCGACGACGCGACGACAUCGUUACUGGAUAAUCUGUACAAAUUGAUGGAGAGCGUCGCCAAGAGCAACCCCCACUUGGAUAAGAAGGAACCCGAGAAGGUCCUCAAGAACAUCGUCAAAUUGUCUAUUAAGAUCGGGCUCGUGCAGCGCAGUCACCAAUUUCGUUCGAGCGAUGCCGAGAAGCUGGAGGAGAUCCGGGAAGCUCUGGGGACGGUGGCGAUGACUGUCGUAUCGUUCUACGAGGUGGAUUACAGUUAUGACCAGGAGUACUUGAUGGGUUCAAUGGAACGUUGCCGAUCGUUAUUGCAAGAACUGAUAAAGCCGCACCUCACGGACAAGUCGUUGCAGCGUUGCGACCAGGUGUUUGACUUCUUAGCAUAUCCAAAAUUCUUGGACUCGGUGUUCCGAUACGAUUCUGAACACAGACCCAUCCUCGGCAUGUUGGUCAGUGACCUCAAUAAGGCGUUGGACGCCAGGCGGCUUUGAUUCUACAAGAAUGAUAUUCGCAUGAAAUAUUCGUUAAUAAGAACGAAUCGACGGCCGAUAACGCGAUCCGAUCGCCAGAAAUAUAACUAUCUCCUUUGGCAACGGCGAUUUCACGAUCGUAAUAAACGAUGACGAGUCGCUCGACGAAAGUAGCAGAUCCGUUGAACACGAGCGCUUUGUUGCACUUUAUCCCACGGCGAAUAGACAACGCGCUGCAUACUUUCAGUGUGACGACAGUAUAGUUUCUCGUAGCGAUAGAUUAAAAAAAAGAUGUCUCUUACUCGCGAUUAGCCCUACCUAGUAGUCGGGUCGGGAUACCCAAUGUGGACCACUCGCUCACUGAUUUAUGCAAUAAUUGUCUGAUACUUCGCUUAUUUUAAGAUCCUCACUUGCGUUGCGUUAUUGGUGUAUUAUAUACAUAUAUUUAUGUGCAGGAUACUGAUUGUAAAUCCAUACCAAAAAGAAGUAUAAUGAGCUUACCAUAUAUGGAAGAG